CCAUUCGUGGCCUCAGCUAUCAAUCACCAGGUCCCGGCUGGUGAUUCUUCUCGCCAGUACUCAGUGAUCGUCGACUAUCUCCAACGGGGGACAGACCUGUGUAUAAACAACACAGAUCUUUCCCCUGUCAGCUCCUGCACACUGCUUUGUAUGGUUCUGCAUAGCAGAGCCAGUUGAAAGCACUCACACAGCAUACUGUGAAACAGCACACAGUUAACCCUUUGAUCGCCCCACAUGUUAACCCUUCCUGCCCAGUGCCAUUAGUACAUUGACAGUGCUUUUUAUUAGCACUGAUCACUGUAUUGGUGUCACUGGGGAUAUUAGUGACACCAAGUCAGUUCCCCCCAGUGUCAGAAUGCCCACCUCAGUCCCACAGUCCCUCUAUAAGUUGCUGA